GCUCGAGUGCCUUCAGACAGAAAGCCAGGACCUCGCUGCGACACAUUUCAAGAAAGUUCCCAGAUCAACCUGAUUUUUGAAUCGAUUGCGUUUGACAUUCUUCCAGUUCUCCUUAAGCUCAUAGACGCCUCUGUGACACAAAAUGCUGCCUGCAACCUUCAAGCUGUGCGCCGGCAUCUCAUACCGACACAUGAGGAACAUGACAGGUUUGAGAAAGAAUGCUAUGGUGGCCCUUCAUCAUGAGCUGAACAGACUGGCGGGUCCAGACUCCACUAACUGGAUCAGCCAAGUGCGCCGACGCAGCUCCCUUCUGAGUUGUCAGAUCAGAGAAGACCAGGGCUACAGCGCAGAGGAAAUGUCCUACGUGAAGCAGGGCGAGGAGGCGCUGCAGAAGGCCCUGAGCAUCCUCAGCGACCAGGACGGCUGGACCGUGGAAACCACAGCCGCAAACGGAGACAAAGUCCUGAGUAAGAUGGUGCCUGAGAUUGGGAAGGUGUUUAAGCUGGAAGUGAUGUUGGAGCAACAUCCUGAUAACGUUUACAAAGAGCUGGUGGGCAAUAUGGAGCAAAUGGGGGAGUGGAACCCCGACGUCAAACAAGUCAAGAUCCUUCAGAAGAUUGGCCAGGAGACAAUGGUUACCCAUGAACUGUCUGCAGAGAGAAUGGUUGGGCCAAGGGACUUUGUGAGCGUCCGCUGUGCCAAGCGCAGAGGCUCCACCUGCUUCCUGGCUGGAAUGUCCACUCAGCACCCCCUCAUGCCUGAGCAGAGAGGUGUGGUCAGGGCGGAGAACGGGCCGACGUGUAUAGUGAUGAAGCCCUGCGCCGAAGACCCAAAUAAGACCAAGUUCACCUGGUUGCUAAAUAUAGAUCUAAAGGGCUGGAUCCCAAAGACGAUCAUAAACAAAGUGCUCUCUCAGACGCAGGUGGACUUUGCCAACCACCUUAGGCAAAGGAUGGCCAAUAACGUUACCAUGGAGAUGGCGCACGUCUGCUGACAGCAGCUGCCCCUUGAGUUGUGGCACAGAGGGCUCGACACUAACGUAGCUGAGGAGCAACCCCCACUUGCUCAUAAAGAAACAAAUCAUUUGAAUCAGUCUCUAUCUGCUGCAAAACCUAGAGUAUCAAGGAGAUCACAUUAAGAUGGGCCUUGUCUGGAAUCUGAGCCUUAGAUGUUGUUUUUUAAUAUAUUCACUAUAUAAAUAUAAGCUCCUGUCAUCAGGAUUUACAUUGCCAACACAAGUCGUAUGUAUUGUGUAAUAUAAUUUAUCACCCACAGCAGUAAAACAUGUAAAAAACACAUAUACAUUGCAACCUUCUGCUAACAUGGCUCUUAUUGUCCCUCUCUGCUGGGAAAUUGCACUUUUAUUUCAGUUUUCUAUUUAUUGAAAUUUGCAAAGAUGCAUUACAUUAAAAUACAACCAAAAAUCAAAGAAAAUAUACAAUGCCUUUUUUGUUUAGUUUUUGCAUUUUUUAUGCUUUUGGAAAAGCAGAAAAGUAGCUUGGAACAUGCCCUUUCCUGAUUCAUGAUGAUUUAAAUAAAUUCAUAAAACCUUUCA